GGCAGCAAAAUCAUAUGACUGAUCUCUCCGCGCUAGGGUGAGAAUAAGGUAGCACCGUUUAAUGAAGAAGACUCUGAUGACCCGUCUCUUGUCUUCCUUUACAUGACUCCUUCAGCUAAACCCAAUUCUAGGGUUAGUGUGAAGGUACAGUGUGUCAGUCCAUAUGAGUUUCCUUGAGUAUAUGAGAAACAGCGAUGAAGUUGAUUAUAUUGGAGGACCACGUAAAAGUCGGUGAAUGGGCUGCAAAAUACAUCAGGAAUCGGAUCAUUAAGUUCAACCCUGGUCCAGGCAGGUACUUCACCCUGGGUUUGCCAACUGGAGGCACUCCGUUGGGAAGCUAUAAAAAGCUAAUUGAGUAUUAUAAGAAUGGAGAUCUGUCUUUCAAAUAUGUGAAGACGUUCAACAUGGAUGAAUAUGUGGGUCUUCCAAAGGACCAUCCUGAGAGCUAUCACUCCUUCAUGUGGAACAAUUUCUUUAAACACAUUGACAUAUUGGCUGAAAAUAUGCACAUUCUAGAUGGAAAUGCUCCUGACCUGGAGGCAGAGUGUGAUGCUUUUGAGGAGAAAAUUAAAGCAGCAGGAGGAAUCGAGCUAUUCGUUGGUGGCAUUGGUUCAGAUGGUCACAUUGCUUUCAAUGAACCAGGCUCCAGUCUGGUGUCUCGCACUAGAGUGAAGACAUUGGCAAUGGAUACAAUAUUGGCCAAUGCUAGAUUCUUCGGUGGAGAUUUGUCUAAAGUCCCUACCAUGGCUUUGACUGUUGGGGUGGGGACUGUAAUGGAUGCUAGAGAGGUGAUGAUUCUUAUCACAGGAGCGCAUAAAGCUUUGGCUCUGUGUAAAGCAGUAGAAGAUGGUGUAAACCACAUGUGGACUGUCUCUGCUUUCCAGCAGCAUCCAAAAACAAUCUUUGUGUGCGAUGAAGAUGCCACCUUGGAACUCCGUGUAAAAACAGUCCAAUAUUUUAAAGGUUUAUUGCAUAUUCACAAUAAGCUUGUAGAUCCAGUAUACAGUAUAAAACAAACUGGUGCAGUGAAGAUGACGAAUACUAAUUGUGCAGAAUGAGGACCGUGAGCUGCAGGACUUUCCAUGUGAAUCACUUCUUCUGAAUUAAUGCCUGAAGGAAACUUAGCCCGACUGGUUAUGAAAUCUUUACGAUACUUCCUCAUACUUGUGUUCUCAAAUGAAAACUUCUGUUAUUUUUAUGGAGUGGGCAGAAAGGGAGAGAAUCUUAAGUCAACUGAGAAAUGAGCCCAGUUCCUCUAAACUUUGCUGAUCUAAGCGUAAGGAUUUCAAGAAAGAGGGUGGUGAUGAGAAGAAUAUUCUUGACAUGUAUGAAAAUGUAUACUUUUAAAAUGCUUCAUUUUUGGAUUGUGGACACUUGUAACCUGCAGUUCAGACCUGACUACUCCCUAUUUAGUAUGUUUUGAAAUUUUUUUUUGGAAUUUAAAAAAAACCUUUCUUUUAUGAUCCAAAUAUGAGAAACCACCUAAAUAGGAUAAAGCCAUGGCAAAUUUUUUUAAAACUAAAACUUUGUGCAGAAGUCAUCCUGUUGUACUGAGGACUUCCCUAUGGUGGCCUGAAUAGUGUUAUUGUUUCUAUUUUAAUAUAUGUUGACUCUAUUUGUAAAAUUACUCUGCACCUAUUUCAAAAGGUUUUACAUUUUCAUUCAAAGUCACUGUGCAAGCUUGAGAUUAUCCAGUCUUUUUAAUAACUUCUGAUGCACUGCGUAUGGUAUGUUUAAUGUACAGGACUGAAAGGCACAACUGCAGACCAUCUGGCCAGUCUUGAUGUUUUGAAAACCAUUAUACAUGACCCUAUUUCUCAUGUUUCGGUUGCUAUUUCUGCCCCAUACCCGUCCUCUAGCAUUUACUCAUACUACAUAGCUUCAUUGCUUCUCCUCACUACUUUGUUCCUUAUAUUCACAAGUUUUCAUGUAAAGUAAUAACAUUUAACCUGCCUGUUGAGACUUCUCUUUUCUGAGCUUACUUUUGUGCUCAUUUGCAGAAUGUUUUGUGUCAGGAAGUUCCCAAGUUUAAACAGAAGAAUAUUUAACCACAAUAGAAUAUUCAAUGGAAUGGGGAGCCUUCCUCUCUCAGCUAUUAUUGGGCAUUUGAUUUUUGUUCCUAGAGUUUAAUGUGUUAAAGGGAUUAUAUUAUACUGUUAAGGUAUUUUGAACAGGAUACAGUCUACUAAUAGUCUGGCAUUUUUGCUGCAGGGAUAAGUUCUUCAGUUCUUUGUUGUAAACAAACUUGGAAAGUUAACCAAUUUACAAACAAAAAUGGACAAACCAAGUUGAUUUAAUGUAUCAAUUAAAGCCAGUUACUGAAGUCAUAUUUUCAUUUUUUUGGAGAACAAUAAAAAUAUUGCCUUUCAACUUGAAAA